CGUGCCACAGCCAAAAUGGCGCAAGUCAUUCAACGCUUUGGCGGUUCCAUGGAGGGUCGCAUCGAUGAGCAGCCCGAGAAUGGCACCAGCCACGCCUCGAUUAUCCCUUCGAGCGCCUCCGCUCAACAACAACAACUGGAUGCACUUCAGCUGCGCGUCCAUCUCAAAUCCGGCUGCGACUUGGUUGCCAUGGACAAGAAUGGACUGAGUGAUCCUUAUGUCAAAUUCAAGGUGGGAGGACGAUUGCUUCACAAGUCGCGCACUAUUCACCGUGACCUAAAUCCCGUGUGGGACGAGGUCUUCAUAGUGCCCGUGGAGGAUCCAUUUCAGCCGAUUAUUGUCAAGGUCUUCGACUAUGAUUGGGGAUUGCAGGAUGAUUUCAUGGGCUCGGCAAAAAUCGAUCUCACUCAACUGGAGUUGGGAAAAGCGGAAGAUAUCAAUCUGCAGCUAAGUGAUACAAACAACGGUGAGCCGGGCCUCAGCAUGGGCGAGAUAAUCAUCAAUCUGACACUGUGGCCACGCAGUCAGGAAGAUAAGGAAAUGCAUUUUCAACGCAAUUCCAAACUGGCUGAGUCAUCGAAGCGUUUGAAAUCACAAAUCUGGAGCUCAGUGGUGACAAUACUUUUGGUCAAGGCCAAAGAUUUGCCGCUAGCCGAAGAUGGCAACAAACUGAUUGACACACACUUUAAGUUCAGAUUGGGUAACGAGAAGUACAAGACAAAGUCUUCCUGGACGGAGCGCUGGCUGGAACAAUUUGAUCUGCAUCUGUUUGAUGAGGAUCAGAAUCUGGAGCUGGCACUCUGGAAUCGUAAUACGCUCUUCGGCAAGGCCAACAUUGAUCUGAGCGUCUUCCAGCGUGAGACAACACAUGGCAUCUGGAAGCCAUUGGAGGAUUGCUCCGGCGAAGUCUUUCUCAUGCUCACGAUCAGCGGUACGACGGCUCUGGAGACGAUCAGCGACCUGAAGGCAUUCAAAGAGGAUCCUCGGGAGACACAACUACUGCGAGAUCGCUAUCGCUUUCUGCGCAGCUUUCAGAAUCUCCGAGAUGUGGGUCACCUCACUGUUAAGGUUUUUGGCGCCACGGGACUCGCUGCCGCUGACAUUGGUGGCAAGUCGGAUCCCUUCUGUGUGCUGGAGUUGGGAAAUGCACGUCUCCAGACCCAAACAGAGUACAAGACACUGACGCCCAACUGGAAUAAGAUAUUUACCUUCAACAUCAAGGACAUCACUCAGGUGCUGGAGAUCACAGUCUAUGAUGAGGAUCGCGAUCAUCGAGUUGAGUUUCUGGGCAAGCUUGUUAUCCCACUUUUGAGGAUCAAGAGCGGCGUCAAACGCUGGUACACUCUCAAGGAUAAGAAUCUUUGUGUGCGCGCCAAGGGCAACUCACCACAGAUUCAACUGGAGCUGAUCGUCGUCUGGAACGAGGUGAGGGCCGUUUGUCGUGCUCUGCAGCCAAAGGAGGAGAAGCUCAUCCAGCAGGAGGCCAAGUUUAAGCGUCAAUUGUUCCUACGUAAUGUGAAUCGGCUCAAGGAGAUCAUUAUGGACAUUCUGGAAGCAGCGCGUUACAUACAGAGCUGCUUUGAGUGGGAAUCUCCAGUCCGCUCGAGCAUUGCCUUUGUGCUGUGGAUUGUCGCCUGCGUCUAUGGAGAUCUGGAGACGGUGCCUCUGGUUCUCUUGCUCAUCAUACUAAAAAAGUGGCUGAUCAGGCUCAUCACUGGCACCACAGAUGCCAAUGCUGGGCACUAUGACUACGAGUACGAUGAGGAUGAUGACGAUGACAAGGAGAAGGAGGAGAAAAAGUCAAUUAAGGAGCGUCUCCAGGCCAUACAGGAAGUCUCGCAAACCGUACAGAAUACCAUCGGAUAUUUAGCUUCGCUAGCUGAGAGUACCAUCAACACAUUCAACUUUUCCGUCCCCGAACUAACCUGGCUGGCGGUUGUUCUUCUGCUGUGUGCAAUAUUUGUGCUGCAUUUUGUGCCGUUGCGUUGGCUUCUGCUCUUCUGGGGCCUCAUGAAAUUCUCCCGUCGGAUUCUGCGUCCCAACACCAUACCGAACAACGAGCUUCUGGACUUCCUAUCACGUGUGCCCGACAACGAGGAGAUUAAUCAAUUCAGGGAGCUGCCACCAUCGGCGCCGAAUGAUCAGGCGCGCAACAAUCCAAAGAAGAAGCUCAAAGGAUCAUAGUCUAUAACCAGCGCUGAUGCGGCAAUGGCGUCGCUGCAAUCCAGCGCAACAGGUCCACAACAUCUGAUGCAUCAGAUGACGACACGCUUCCGCGCCAACACAAACCAGCUGAAGCACAAGUUCGGCCAGGCCAAGAGCCUCAGUCUGAGCCAAGGCGAUUAGCAUAAAUACUCAUAACGUUAAUAUAAAUAUAAAUAGAAAUAUAAAUAUAUAUAGAUGUACUUAAAUAGAUAAUUCAAUUAGAAAAGAUCAAAUUAAGGCACCAGAGCAAGUUCCAAAGUCAACUUAAUGCACCAAAGUUUUUGCUUAACUCUUAAGUAUUUUCGGCAUCCGUUUAUAUGUUUAUCUCAAAAACUAAAAGAAAUGACAGAAAUCAAAACUAUUUACACAAUGAGAAACUAACAAAUUUUGUAAAUACACCAAGAAAACCAAACUGAACAGAAUAUUGUACUUUAUACUUAUAGAACCAGUGAGUGUACCGUACCUAAAGUUCAACUUUAUUUUUAUUAAUAUAUCAAAAUAUGUAUUUAAUUAACAAUCUACCUAAUACCAACUACAAACAAAAGCUAACCGUGCAAUUCAUUUUUGCAAACGUAUCGAAUAUGAUUAAUUAUUUAUUGUAUAUUUCGAUUUGUGAUAUUUUUCAAAGAAUUGCAACUAGAUGUACUAUGUGGCUUAUCCAAAAUAUACUUAAAUAUACUAUAUACAUACAUAUAUAUUUAAAAUACCUUUUAACCCCAUUUACCUUUACUUCAAAAGUUCCCUACGAUAUGAAUGUAUUUACUUAUAAAUCCAUUGCACUCGAUCAUUUAAGGCUUUUUAUAUGCAUAACUUAUCCUACAUGUAACCAUAUGGAUAGCUCUAUUUAUUGUUCAAAACAUUUUCGAAUAUUUAAGUACUAAAAUAUACUAAAUAUUUAUAUUUAGAAUGCCAUGAAUUGCAAUUGUAAUGAUGAUGAAACUCCGAUAAAAAUGCAUGACAAACAAUUAGAUAGUUUAACUAUUUUAUACUCCCGCAACAAAGUUUUUAUAUACAAUACAAAAUUGAUUAAUUAAAUAACAUUUAUUAUUAGCACCUAAGUUAAGUUUGUUAUUUUUCAAAAUAUGACAGCAAAAUACAAUAUACGAAUAUUUUUGGAUUUCGCUCAAAAAA